AUGACUCGCUACUACUGCGAUUACUGCGACACAUACCUGACACACGACUCGCCUGUCGUCAGAAAACAGCACAAUGACGGAUACAAACAUAAGGCCAAUGUCAGGAACUACUACAUGCAGUUCGAGGAAUCCCAAACACAGAGCCUCAUCGACAGCAAGAUUAUGGAGUUCGAGGCAAAAACACGCAACGCAUUCCAAGCUCAGGUGGCGGCGUCUUUCCAGGCACAGAUGAUGGGCAGGGGAGCAGGCCCCAUGCCUGGAGCACCGGGGAUGCCACCGCGGCCAAUGGGACCCCCCAUGAUGGGCAUGCCUCCAGGCAGGCCCCCAAUGGGCCCCCCGCCCCACGGCUUCCCAGGUAAGAGCAGCUGUCCAGCUGACGCAUGA